ACAUGACGUCACUAUAAUUAAAGUUGGCCGCAGAGGCUGCUGGGAGAAUCUUGCUGUGCUGGAGACAUUUUGGAUUUAAAGGGGCUGAGCUAGCCGUCAGUCCUAGCUCUUGGUUUCCCUGAGCUACAUAGAAGAUGUCGACCAUGGUGUAUCCACGGGAAGAGAAGCUUGAGAAGCUCUCUCAGGAAGAGAUCAUCUCCAACACCAAGCUGGUGAUCCAGGGUCUGGAGGCCCUGAAGAACGAGCACAACUCCAUCCUCCACAGCCUCCUGGAGACCAUCAAGUGCCUAAAGAAGGAUGAAGAGGCCAACCUGGUGCACGAGAAGUCCAACCUGCUGCGCAAGUCAGUGGAGAUGAUUGAACUGGGCCUGGGAGAAGCACAGGUGAUGAUGGCCCUGUCCAACCACCUGAACGCGGUCGAGUCGGAGAAGCAGAAGCUGCGUGCGCAGGUGAGGAGGCUCUGCCAGGAGAACCAGUGGCUGCGGGACGAGCUGGCCAACACCCAGCAGAAGCUGCAGAAGAGCGAGCAGAGCGUGGCCCAGCUGGAGGAGGAGAAGAAGCACCUGGAGUUCAUGAACCAGCUCAAAAAAUACGAUGAAGACGUGUCACCCACUCAGGAGGAGAAGGACCGAGAAACACCGAAGGACUCCCUGGACGACCUCUUCCCCAACGAUGAGGAGGAGCACGGCCAAAUGCAGACCCAGCACAACAGCGCGGCCGUGGCUGCCGCCCAGCAGGGAGGCUACGAGAUCCCAGCCCGCCUGAGAACCCUGCACAACCUGGUGAUCCAGUACGCCUCCCAGGGCAGGUACGAGGUGGCCGUCCCCCUCUGCAAGCAGGCCCUGGAGGACCUGGAGAAGACUUCUGGACACGACCACCCCGACGUGGCCACCAUGCUUAACAUCCUGGCCUUGGUCUAUAGGGAUCAGAACAAGUACAAAGAGGCCGCCCAUCUGCUCAACGAUGCUCUGGCCAUCCGUGAGAAAACCCUGGGCAAAGACCAUCCUGCUGUUGCUGCAACGCUGAAUAACUUGGCUGUGCUGUACGGAAAGAGAGGGAAGUACAAGGAGGCUGAGCCGCUGUGCAAGAGGGCUCUGGAGAUCAGAGAAAAGGUCCUGGGGAAGGACCACCCAGAUGUGGCCAAACAGCUGAACAACCUGGCUCUGCUCUGCCAGAACCAGGGCAAGUACGAGGAGGUGGAGUACUACUACUGCCGUGCCCUGGAGAUCUACGAGUGCAGGCUGGGCCCCGAUGAUGCUAAUGUGGCCAAGACCAAGAAUAACCUGGCGUCCUGCUUUCUCAAACAGGGGAAAUACAAGGAGGCUGAGAUUCUGUACAAAGAGAUUCUGACUCGUGCUCAUGAGAAAGAGUUUGGAUCCGUUGAUGCUGAAAACAAGCCCAUCUGGAUGCACGCAGAGGAAAGAGAGGAGAUGAGCAAGGGCAAGCACAGAGACAACACUCCAUACGGAGAGUACGGAGGCUGGUACAAGGCCUGCAAAGUCAACAGCCCUACAGUGAACACCACCCUGAGGAACCUGGGGGCCCUGUACCGCCGGCAGGGCAAGCUAGAGGCUGCUGAGACCCUGGAGGAGUGCGCUGUGAGGUCCCGCAAGCAGGGCAUCGACCCCAUCCACCAGACACGCGUGGUGGAGAUCCUGAAGGAUACAGACGGCGACAGGCGGAGGAGCAGGGACAGCCUGAGCAGCGUUAAGUACGAGAGCGGCUCUGAGACCGGCGAGGAAGUGAGUAUGGGCGUGGAGUGGAACGGGGCCUAAGCCAUCAAGAUUAUUCCUCCAUCCUUCUCUUCUUCCCCAACACAAUAGCAAAAGGAUGUGUGUUGUCGUUCCCUCUGGCCUUCUCUGUCCCAACAACAGCUCCUCUACCAUUCCCGGUGCCCCCCCUCCUCCGGCAGAGACUCAGAAAGCCCCCUCGCGGUUGUCAUCUGUCACGCUGUUCAACUGACAACUUCUGGGGACGUUUGGUCUUCUCAUCUCUGCUGCUCUCUUUUGUUUCCUUCUCUUCCUUUCACUCUCUCUCUCUUUCUCUCUCUGUCCCUUUCCUCUCACUAACCUUGUGUCGUCCACCACGUCGGAAAAAUCGUUACUUCAACUCUUUCUCUCACUUUAAAAAGAAAACGUCAUCGUGUGUGAAACCUUUUUCCCUGUGAGGAAGCCACUCGCACAUUUUUUCCUCUCGCCAACACCCAUUUGUAAUUUUUCAUAGGUGCAUAGUAGAUUUAUUUGGCUGGAUAAGAGGAGCAGGAGAGUAAUUUAUUGUGAGAGGGCAAAAGAUGAAAGAUUUUGAGGAUCAGUGUCACCUUUUGACUGCAGCUCCAGACAUCACUCGCACCCACAGUCAGACAAAUGUUACAAUCACUAUAGAGUCACUAUGUUACAAAAUGACUCUUUUCCACAGUUGCUCUGCAUUGGUCUCAAUCUGAAUUUGUUUGCACUCACAGUCUGAUUAUACAAGUGAAAGUUGACCUCAAAGCUGGCUUCCAACCUGGUGCCUGUAUUUAGCCCUUAUUUAGUUUUUCUGUUAUUUUAAAGAAAGGUAUUAAUUUACCAUCAGUUAUGGAAGCCCAUUACUGCCAGUAAAAGAAAAAUAUAAGUAUGAUUAAAACAAAGCCUUGUGAUGGGAGAAAAAAAAGGUCUCGUCUCAUAACAAUGAGGAACUUUCUCAAAAUAACUAGUUGGUAUCUCUAAAUUAUGACUUGGUAGAAACCCUCUCAAUAAUGACUUACUUAUCUUGAAAUAACGAGAAACUUUCUUAAAAGAUAAUAAGUUGUUUAUGCUAAUCAGGGUUCAUCCAAAUCCUUGAAAGUCUGGAGUCUUAUUUGUUUUCAAGGUCAGGAAUAUACUUGAAUCUGAAUAUCCUCCUGAAAGAAAUGCUUGAUUUUAAUAAUCUGGUGUCGACACAAUCACUCAUGUAAACCAAUUUUUUUUAUUUUUAUAUUUGAAUUAAACUAAUUUUCUUGUGUUUACUCAUCAUUUAUAGCGAAAUAAGACCUCCGUUGAUGCUUUUCCUUUGACAGUUAGUGAGCAGUAAAUAAUCAUGAUCAAAACUACAAUCAAGGUUAAUAUGAACAGCUGGUUAGAUAAAUUGAUUGCGCUGGGUAUAAAGGAGUUCUGUUAAAUCUAUUUUUUACAACAAGCUGUUUAGAUGUGAUGAUAAAGCCUUCAGGAGUCUGGCAAUUUCUGGUUUAGGUACCUUGAAAGUGCUUAAAAACUGCUUGAAUUUUACUCUUAAAAAGCUGUAAGAAACCUGAUUAAUGAAGAAAGGCCGGUUGAAUCUGCGGCCAAACUAAAAGUCUGGGAUAGUUUAAUUUUUGGCGGCAAAUUGUGAUCAGUAAUUACUCACAGCCAAUCAGGCAAAAUCAUCCUGUGACAUGUUGAGUUAUGCUACAAAGAAUUUCUUCCCGUAAGUUAUUAUUAAGAAAAAAAUUCUCAUUAUCAUGACACACAGGAUUUUAUUAUUUUUUUAUCACAUUGGCAGAAAUGGGCUACCAUAUCUAGAUGAUUACUUUUUUAACUAUUUUAACAAUUUUGAGAUCAAAUGCCUGAACAGUUUGGAAACAAAUGGUACUGUAUUAUUUCACAUGCUAAUCAAAAAUCAUUUCUUUCUGACUUUUGCUGCCUCGUGUGCGGGAAAAUGAGAAGGGAGCAUUGCCAAUUUUUUUUUGUUUAUAUAGAUCUAUUUCCUUUUCAUUUCAAUUUUCUAUGAUUUUGUUUACAUUUUUUUUUUAAUGUCUAUUAUUUUGUGGCUGAAUAUUAAGGCAGUAGUUUGCCGUAGUGUUGCUUGCUGUGAAACACCAGAAGGGCCAACAUCAGUUGACAGCAAAUUGCUCGGAUCACAGCAAUCACUGUUGUUGCCAUGGUAAUUCAUUUUCAAGUCGCUCUUAACUGGCGUCAGUGUCCUUGGUUUGAUGGAGUAUUCAUACAGGCUCUACGCUGGUACAAUAUGUACACAGCAGCUUGCAUUUACAAAGGGAAUUAGCAACAUUUUGGCUGAUGCUGGAAAGACCACCCGGAGCUUCGUUGAUUUCAAAAUAAAGGACGUAAAUGCCCAGAAUUGCCUUUUCAUUUGUCGGUGCAGGAGUAGAAGCUAGUGUUAUAAUUGAAUGGAAGCCUGGAUUCCACAGUAGUGUUAGUGUGUAAUUGUGUAUGUUUUGGUGGUACAGUCACGGUGCCCACUCUGGCUAUGGAUACUGUGUUUUGAAAACAAAGCUUAAUGGAGUGUGUUGCCUUUUUUUUUUUCUUACACAGUUGUUUGCAAGUAAACAUUUUUGGUGAAUCAUGUUUUUAGACACCGAAAGUACAGUGCGAGUGUUUCCUCAAGAUCAACAUGUUAUUUCAGAUGUUUAACUAACUGAAUGUAAAAUGACUUUAACAUCUUUAAAGUGUAAUUGUAGGCUGUAUUUAUAGAUUUGACAAGUGCAUUCACUUAUACGGCUUUUCGGUAUGCUACUUGCCUUGAUUCUUCAUUCCUUCCAACGAGUACACCUAUACUUCUAAUGCAACUCUGAACAAAACAAAUUGACUAUGUACAUCACAUAAUUAUGACAAUAUUGUUGUGUUAGUGGAAUGCUUAUUUAUUGAACUGUCUAUUCUUGACAUAUAUAGUGUGACUUCAGUUUCCUAAAGUGGAAGAACAUAAAUGGUAAGGUCUAUAAGCACUAUCUUAGUAAGUAGGACUGCAUUAUAUUUACCAUUCUGCAUUGUGAAGAUUAUUGCAUCAACUCUUGUUGGUAUUCUCAAAUAAAGUUUUUCAUUUGUGAA